AUAAAAAAUAUAAAAAUUAAAAAAAAGAAAAGGUAAAAAACUUUCUAAAAUGUGAAAAUGUCAUAUUAAACUCUAGAAUAAUUGAAAAAAAGGUAAUAAAAAAAAUAUAUAAAUUUGUUUUGAAAAUAUUUAAAAUUAUCAAAGGCAAUUAGGAACUUUUAUGAAACAUGUUGAGGUUUUGUCCCGCAGAUCCGGAAGCCCAACAUAAACUCCGGAUAUUAAGGACGAUUAAUUCGGUAUAAAAGUGAAUAAAUAUAUAAAAGUGUAUGAACUAGCUAUUUUUACGUGGAAACCCGGAAAGGGAGAAAACCACGGGACUUUUUAGGCUAACGUCCAAGCCCGCUCUAUCUCAUUAAUAUCCUCCCAUCACUCAAUUACAUAGUACAAAUAUGGAAACCUCCAUUAAUGGAGCUUGCUUGAGCUAUUCUACAUAGAAUUAGGAAGAAGAAGUAAUGGGGAAGUGGAGAGCCAAAAAUCAGAUCCUUUAAUUAGGAGGCUUCGCCUCCUAUUUAUAGAAGGGGAGGGGGGUUUUAGGGCUAUGCUAAUGGGCCAAUGGGCCUAAAUGGGCCGGUUGGGCCUAAAUGAUCCUUGCUAAUUGGGCCCCGUAUCGGGGCGGUGUAUUGGGCCUCUGCACAGUAGUAGGCCGGGGUAAUAUACCCAACACAAGUCCCCCAGUUUCUUGAGUAGUGAGCCUGCAAAUCUACUCGAGAAAGUAUAAUCCUGCUCACGUCCUUCCUUGCCUUCCCUGAAUCAGAGUCUUGGAAUAAUCUCGGACGCAAGGCAUGCAUAAGCCCUAAGUGAGGUGCAAUCCCGCACUAGACACGACGGCGCUGAAAAGCCAGUCGUUCGUGCUGUAUAAAGCGGCAGUCCCGACCUUGAAUGGCAUGGGUGGACCCGACCGAGAAGAAGGCACGACGGCGCUGUAGAGCCAGCCGUUCGUGCUGCAUAAAAGCGACGAUCGCCAUCCCAGAGCAAGGAUAGACGAGCCCGUCAGAAAACUAGGCACGACGGUGCUGUGGAGCCCGUCGUGCUGUAUAAGAGCGACGGUUGCCAUCCUAUAGCAAGGAUGGACGAGCCCGCCAGAAAGCCAGGCACGACGGUGCUGUGGAGCCCGAACGUGCUGUAUAAGAGCGACGGUUGCCAUCCCAGAGCAAGGAUGGACGAGCCCGCCAGAAAGCCAGGCACGACGGUGCUGUGGAGCCCGUACGUGCUGCAUAAGAGCGACGGUUGCCAUCCUAUAGCAAGGAUGGACGAGCCCGCCAGAAAGCUAGGCACGACGGUGCUGUGGAGCCCGUACGUGCUGCAUAAGAGCGACGGUUGCCAUCCCAGAGCAAGGAUGGACGAGCCCGCCAGAAAGCCAGGCACGACGGUGCUGUGGAGCCCGUACGUGCUGCAUAAGAGCGACGGUUGCCAUCCCAGAGCAAGGAUGGACGAGCCCGCCAGAAAGCCAGGCACGACGGUGCUGUGGAGCCCGAACGUGCUGCAUAAAAUAAGCGAUCGUCAUCCUAGAUUAAGGAUGGACCAACCUGACUCGGACAGACAUGGACUUGACUCGACUCAGACAGACCUGGACUUGACUCAGACGGACAUGGACUUGACUCGACUCAGACAGACCUGGACUUGACUCGAGACCACUGCGGGCCAUCAUGAAUUCAUAUCACCUCCCAGCCAAUUUAUAUCCCCCGUUCGCUCGCCUUCGCCGAACGGGUCGUUCUCCCCUAGUCGUUCCAAACAAUAGUUCCCUUCGCCCGUUCGUCUCACUAGAACGGUCUGAUGUACAAUGAUGAUCACGUCGUGCCGAGGUGGCUGAUCGUAGAGCUACAGAAGCAGUCAGAUCAUCUGGAUAAUAGGUCACUUCUGCUAUAAGUCAGCACCAGGGUUAAGGUGCAAGCUGUUCGGCUUAUUUCCGAUAUUUGUUCGUAGUUUCCUGAUCCGCAAGGCAUCACCUCUUGCUGCCUGUUGCCUUGUAGGCCCAAGGCUGAUGUAACUUGUUCGUGUUAUCAUCCGUGUUCUUCCUUAUCCGCAAGGCAAUCACCUCUUGCUGCAAGACAGUUUCACAAUUUGUGUAGUGUCUGCCAUCUUCCAAGCCCAUAAUUCCGAUGCAUACCGUCGAUUUUACCGUCCGGGGUCAUCCAUAUCAUGAGGUUGAGAUGUCCAUCCUGGACCAUUGAAAAUAAGGCUCCCAAGUCGGGUCUCCCCCUUAUUCUCUGCCAAAAUGGAGACUCGCCUCUUGGUUACAGCUCGGGUUCCACCAUAAUAAAUCACUACAUCGUGGUUCGGGCGAGCUGCAUAGCCAAGGCAAGAUUUUAAGACCAGAGUCCCGAUCCCCCGCUCGGUCACCCUAUGAUUUCGGAUGCCGCCCGGUUCGUCCUACUCAAGAUCUUUUACACCAUCUCCCAAGCUGAUUCCGGGCUUGGUUAACCUGCAUCUUUUUUUUUUUGUGCUGAGAUGGUGGCUCCCCAUGGAUCGAGACAAGUGGUAUCUAUCGAUCGAGGUGAGACUUUAUGGAAUGUGAAGAUGCCUCCUAAGCAAAUAAUGUCGUGCUGUGGGGCUGAUCAUGAUAUGAGGAACAUGAAUAAUCCAAGGGUCUUGCGAGCACCCUCUGCUCAAGGACAGCGGCAGCAACUGCGGCAGCGGUCCACAAAAUGUAGCUAUGUUGAAAGUCAAGCAACGGUCCUUAUUCGCGCAGUGCGGGGACGAGGCCGGUCUUCAAAUAUGAUAAUGGCACCGUACCAGAGGGUCGGUGGCCAUGUAAUGAGGUUGCCACUGGGGGCUGAUCGGAAAGGAACAAGCAACGGUCCUUAUCUGCGCAGUGCGGGGACAAGGCCGGUCUUCAAAUAUGAUAAUGGCACCGUACCAAAGGGUCUGUGGCCAUGUAAUGAUGUCGGCACUGGGGGCCGAUCAGAAACAAAUAAUCAACGGUCCUCAUCCGUGAGGAGCGGAGAUGAGGCCGGUCUUCCAAAUGAUCACCAUGCCGAGUUAGGAGAGUCGGUCGUGGUGAGAGAAAAGUCGGCGCUGGGAGGCCGAUCUGUAAAUCCGAGGGUCUUACAGGCGCCUUCAGCCCAUAAUGUUGCUCUAGGUGCCGAACGGCGGAGGCCGGAUUGCCAGUCAGGUAGCGUAAUCUGAAAGCUCGUGUAUCGUACAGUCCAUAGGACUUCCCUUCAUGUGUUGUGACAUCUAUACAUUUGUAGUCCCUUCUUUUCUCAAUCGUCCAUGAUUCCUUCUACACACUAGUAACCUCACUCUCUCUCAAAUGUUGAGGUUUUGUCCCGCAGAUCCGGAAGCCCAACAUAAACUCCGGAUAUUAAGGACGAUUAAUUCGGUAUAAAAGUGAAUAAAUAUAUAAAAGUGUAUGAACUAGCUAUUUUUACGUGGAAACCCGGAAAGGGAGAAAACCACGGGACUUUUUAGGCUAACGUCCAAGCCCGCUCUAUCUCAUUAAUAUCCUCCCAUCACUCAAUUACAUAGUACAAAUAUGGAAACCUCCAUUAAUGGAGCUUGCUUGAGCUAUUCUACAUAGAAUUAGGAAGAAGAAGUAAUGGGGAAGUGGAGAGCCAAAAAUCAGAUCCUUUAAUUAGGAGGCUUCGCCUCCUAUUUAUAGAAGGGGAGGGGGGUUUUAGGGCUAUGCUAGUGGGCCAAUGGGCCUAAAUGGGCCGGUUGGGCCUAAAUGAUCCUUGCUAAUUGGGCCCCGUAUCGGGGCGGUGUAUUGGGCCUCUGCACAGUAGUAGGCCGGGGUAAUAUACCCAACACAAGUCCCCCAGUUUCUUGAGUAGUGAGCCUGCAAAUCUACUCGAGAAAGUAUAAUCCUGCUCACGUCCUUCCUUGCCUUCCCUGAAUCAGAGUCUUGGAAUAAUCUCGGACGCAAGGCAUGCAUAAGCCCUAAGUGAGGUGCAAUCCCGCACUAGACACGACGGCGCUGAAAAGCCAGUCGUUCGUGCUGUAUAAAGCGGCAGUCCCGACCUUGAAUGGCAUGGGUGGACCCGACCGAGAAGAAGGCACGACGGCGCUGUAGAGCCAGCCGUUCGUGCUGCAUAAAAGCGACGAUCGCCAUCCCAGAGCAAGGAUAGACGAGCCCGUCAGAAAACUAGGCACGACGGUGCUGUGGAGCCCGUACGUGCUGUAUAAGAGCGACGGUUGCCAUCCUAUAGCAAGGAUGGACGAGCCCGCCAGAAAGCCAGGCACGACGGUGCUGUGGAGCCCGAACGUGCUGUAUAAGAGCGACGGUUGCCAUCCCAGAGCAAGGAUGGACGAGCCCGCCAGAAAGCUAGGCACGACGGUGCUGUGGAGCCCGUACGUGCUGCAUAAGAGCGACGGUUGCCAUCCCAGAGCAAGGAUGGACGAGCCCGCCAGAAAGCCAGGCACGACGGUGCUGUGGAGCCCGUACGUGCUGCAUAAGAGCGACGGUUGCCAUCCCAGAGCAAGGAUGGACGAGCCCGCCAGAAAGCCAGGCACGACGGUGCUGUGGAGCCCGAACGUGCUGCAUAAAAUAAGCGAUCGUCAUCCUAGAUUAAGGAUGGACCAACCUGACUCGGACAGACAUGGACUUGACUCGACUCAGACAGACCUGGACUUGACUCAGACGGACAUGGACUUGACUCGACUCAGACAGACCUGGACUUGACUCGAGACCACUGCGGGCCAUCAUGAAUUCAUAUCACCUCCCAGCCAAUUUAUAUCCCCCGUUCGCUCGCCUUCGCCGAACGGGUCGUUCUCCCCUAGUCGUUCCAAACAAUAGUUCCCUUCGCCCGUUCGUCUCACUAGAACGGUCUGAUGUACAAUGAUGAUCACGUCGUGCCGAGGUGGCUGAUCGUAGAGCUACAGAAGCAGUCAGAUCAUCUGGAUAAUAGGUCACUUCUGCUAUAAGUCAGCACCAGGGUUAAGGUGCAAGCUGUUCGGCUUAUUUCCGAUAUUUGUUCGUAGUUUCCUGAUCCGCAAGGCAUCACCUCUUGCUGCCUGUUGCCUUGUAGGCCCAAGGCUGAUGUAACUUGUUCGUGUUAUCAUCCGUGUUCUUCCUUAUCCGCAAGGCAAUCACCUCUUGCUGCAAGACAGUUUCACAAUUUGUGUAGUGUCUGCCAUCUUCCAAGCCCAUAAUUCCGAUGCAUACCGUCGAUUUUACCGUCCGGGGUCAUCCAUAUCAUGAGGUUGAGAUGUCCAUCCUGGACCAUUGAAAAUAAGGCUCCCAAGUCGGGUCUCCCCCUUAUUCUCUGCCAAAAUGGAGACUCGCCUCUUGGUUACAGCUCGGGUUCCACCAUAAUAAAUCACUACAUCGUGGUUCGGGCGAGCUGCAUAGCCAAGGCAAGAUUUUAAGACCAGAGUCCCGAUCCCCCGCUCGGUCACCCUAUGAUUUCGGAUGCCGCCCGGUUCGUCCUACUCAAGAUCUUUUACACCAUCUCCCAAGCUGAUUCCGGGCUUGGUUAACCUGCAUCUUUUUUUUUUGUGCUGAGAUGGUGGCUCCCCAUGGAUCGAGACAAGUGGUAUCUAUCGAUCGAGGUGAGACUUUAUGGAAUGUGAAGAUGCCUCCUAAGCAAAUAAUGUCGUGCUGUGGGGCUGAUCAUGAUAUGAGGAACAUGAAUAAUCCAAGGGUCUUGCGAGCACCCUCUGCUCAAGGACAGCGGCAGCAACUGCGGCAGCGGUCCACAAAAUGUAGCCAUGUUGAAAGUCAAGCAACGGUCCUUAUCCGCGCAGUGCGGGGACGAGGCCGGUCUUCAAAUAUGAUAAUGGCACCGUACCAGAGGGUCGGUGGCCAUGUAAUGAGGUUGCCACUGGGGGCUGAUCGGAAAGGAACAAGCAACGGUCCUUAUCUGCGCAGUGCGGGGACAAGGCCGGUCUUCAAAUAUGAUAAUGGCACCGUACCAAAGGGUCUGUGGCCAUGUAAUGAUGUCGGCACUGGGGGCCGAUCAGAAACAAAUAAUCAACGGUCCUCAUCCGUGAGGAGCGGAGAUGAGGCCGGUCUUCCAAAUGAUCACCAUGCCGAGCUAGGAGAGUCGGUCGUGGUGAGAGAAAAGUCGGCGCUGGGAGGCCGAUCUGUAAAUCCGAGGGUCUUACAGGCGCCUUCAGCCCAUAAUGUUGCUCUAGGUGCCGAACGGCGGAGGCCGGAUUGCCAGUCAGGUAGCGUAAUCUGAAAGCUCGUGUAUCGUACAGUCCAUAGGACUUCCCUUCAUGUGUUGUGACAUCUAUACAUUUGUAGUCCCUUCUUUUCUCAAUCGUCCAUGAUUCCUUCUACACACUAGUAACCUCACUCUCUCUCUCUCUCCUCUUUUUUUUUUUUUUUUUUUGCUUUUUUUUUCUCUCUCUCUUUUUUUUUUUAUUUCGAACCACGAAUAUCCCUGCGUUUCACAAUCUCCCCGUCCGAGCUGGUCGAACGGCUCUAAAUGUAAAUAUUCCUUCUUUUUGUUGCCAAUCAUGAACGUCUUUGUGCUUCAUGCUGAACGUCAUAAACAUCUCUGUGCUUCAUGACUUCCCCGUUCGGGCUGACCGAAUGCCUAUGAAUGUGAUUCUUUUCUGCCGGUAAUGAAUGUCUCUGUGCUUCAUGCCGAGCAUCAUAGAUAUCUUUGUGCUUCAUGAUUCCCCGUUCGAGCAUAUCGAACCAACUUUACUGCACAAUCAGCAUGGUAAUACGGUCGAACGACCGAACAACAUAUACAAGUAUAUACACACACAUGUGUAACAUUUCUUUUUUAUUCUUUAUUUUUCAUCCAUGACUAUCGGCCGGAGCGGUAAUGAUAACCCUUGGCCUAGAUUUAUCUUUUGAACUGCCCAUACGCUCUUAGAACCACCUAGUGGUUUCCCGGGCGUUCUCAGGAAAGCUUUCAGCUAAUUAAAGUACGUAUUUCGCCCCGUAGUGGGUAUAGUUGUCGUUCGGGCAUUUAAUACUGAGCGGAACCGCUCAUGGUAUCUAAUUUUAACUACGUCAUUGGGCCACGCCCUUGCGAGACGCUUUAGUUAAUUCAUUUAGGCCGACCGGGAGUGGACCGAUCAGCCAUUUAAACCAAACAUUUAUUUAAAACGUUGGUGAUCUUAUUUAUAAAGCUCCGUUCGGCCUUAUUCUAUUCGGGAAUUUUAAUCCCUACUAAAAUAAUGGUGUUGCAAUUAAUAGUAAGAAUACUAUUUAAUCAACCAAUGAAUACUCUCAUGCAUGAGUACUUGGUGUGUUGUCAAAGUAAUACCAUUUGGGGCACUCCGAUCGCUUAUAUUUAGCCGAUCGCGGGUUGGCCGGUCGGCCCAUUAAACCAAAUCAUUUAAUUUUAAAUGAUAAUGGACUUGUCACUGGAGUCUCGCUCGGUCAUUAUUCAAUUCAGGAAAUUUAAUCUCUACUAAACAAAUAAUGGCGAUGUGUAAUUAAUAGUAAAAUUACUACAUCAUUUAAUUUAAUAUUUUCAUGGAUGUCCGGCCUUACUGAGAGGGUCCAUAGAUACUCCGACCGCUAACUCAGACCGAUCAGAAACAGGCCGACCCUACCCACAAAAGGUGAUCAUACAAUUUAAAAUGGUUGAUGGGUCUGCCAGUACAAUUUUCGUCCAACAUUAUUUAUCUAGGGAAUUUUAAAUCCCUGGCAAAUAAUUUAUUCAGGAACUAAUAGCAGUGAUAUCAUCUAGCAAUUAACACUUUAAUGUAUGAGUGUAGAGAACCAUAGUACUUGGCACUUAGCUGAAUUUGGCUGAAUUUCAGCUGACAGAUCAUGAUACUGAAAUACCCAUGCCACUUUAACAUUUUAGUUAAUAAAAGAGUGAGAUACGUGGUACUUAGCUUUGUGGAUGCAUUGGACUUGGAAUUCUGUAGAAGAUAUGCCCGUCCAGGAAGCCUUAUUUGGAGCAAAUAUGACCCAGCCCACUGUCAUGGAUUGAAAUUGGUUUGUUUGGCCGUGAUCAAAGACGAGUUACCGAUCGGGAAAUUGGUCGAUCAAGAUUCCCACGAAGUGCUCGAAAGCCAGACGGACCGUCACAAAAGACGGGGCCUAGACUCGCCGCUGACCACAGAGAUGCCGGACGGGGAAUUACCGGACGGUGGCUUACCGGAGCCGUGUAGGUGGCCCUAUUUUGAUUUGCCCUGGUUUCCCAAUCAUACUGGUCGGUGCGAACCGAACGGGGAGGUGAUCGCCUGGUAGGACCCUGAGCCCGGUGGUUCCAGAAUCUUGAACGGUAAGUGCCGCACGAUAUAGAGGAACGGCUUAACCAGUUGAUGGUCGGCUGCAGGCUGGAGACCGAGGUCUUUCUUUGUUAUCACCGCUGGUUUGUUUGAACGGGAUCUUGUAUUCCUGCCAGAACGGGAACUGGUUGGUCUCGAAGCUAGGUGGUGUUGUAACAGAAUUCGGAGCGCCGGGGUGCAGGAGUUUCUGUAAUUUGAAACUGGCAUAAGGUAUGUAGACCCCAUUUUUCCUGGACCUUCCUUGGUGCGUAGUUUAAUUUCCCGUUCGGGGUAGAGACUAUCUGGAUCCCUUAAAACUCCGGUGAAGCUAAACCAUGCCCCUCCGAACCCUUCCCGCUCUGGAGAAGCAAUACUGCGGAUGACAAGGUGUAAUUGCGUGAUCCUUCGUCGUUACCCUGUUCCAGUGCUAAGUCCCGUUCGGGUUGUAACUUGUAAGUUCUGGUUGGUGGGAAGGAAAACGUACCGACCGGGGAUCGCCGCCGGGUGGUGGCUAUGAAUGCCACGGAAAUCCAGGCCGUUCGGGCAAGGAUUAUGGCCGUUCCGAGUCAUGACUUCUUUUAUGUUGUACAGGUCCCACUCUUGGUUCAGGCCACGCUUGGACAAGGAGCAUAUUCAGCAGACACCUCCCGUUCAGGCCUCGCUAUGUUGGGAUGGGUACUCUUUUCUGUUGAUAUGUGUAGCUUUUCCUGCAGGUUCCACAGAUCGAUCGGGCAUUUAUCCCCUCCAGGUAGAGUUUUGUUCGGGAGUUCCCGCUCGGCGUUCGGGAUGUGGUUACUGGGAGUAUAGAACAAUUUGGAUAAUCAUGAAUUUACCACAUCACCCACUUGUAUUGCCAACUCAUCCCCUAUUGUCAGGCUUUGUCAUGCUUGUUUACUGGAAAUAUAGGAUAAUUUGCUCUUAUCCUCUCUGCAAGAUAUUAGGAAUAUGGGUCCCACCUCCAGUAUUCCUCUUCCAUCAAUAGGUCUUUGAGACCAUCCUCCUUGACAUGUGCUUCGGCCUUACGGAUGACUUUUAGGAUGUAGCAGUAGCAAUUUUAGGACAACAACCAGGCUGCUAAACGGGAUCUGGGAUUUCUUCUUUGUUUUUUGUUUUUCGAGAUUUGUUUCUUCCUUCCUCUUUAGUUUCUUGAUCCAAUCAGUAGUUUUUGGCAUCAAAAAAAAUUGUAGAAUCAAAAAACAUGAAUCUUUUUGAAGCGUUUCCCACAGACGGCGCCAAUGUUGAGGUUUUGUCCCGCAGAUCCGGAAGCCCAACAUAAACUCCGGAUAUUAAGGACGAUUAAUUCGGUAUAAAAGUGAAUAAAUAUAUAAAAGUGUAUGAACUAGCUAUUUUUACGUGGAAACCCGGAAAGGGAGAAAACCACGGGACUUUUUAGGCUAACGUCCAAGCCCGCUCUAUCUCAUUAAUAUCCUCCCAUCACUCAAUUACAUAGUACAAAUAUGGAAACCUCCAUUAAUGGAGCUUGCUUGAGCUAUUCUACAUAGAAUUAGGAAGAAGAAGUAAUGGGGAAGUGGAGAGCCAAAAAUCAGAUCCUUUAAUUAGGAGGCUUCGCCUCCUAUUUAUAGAAGGGGAGGGGGGUUUUAGGGCUAUGCUAAUGGGCCAAUGGGCCUAAAUGGGCCGGUUGGGCCUAAAUGAUCCUUGCUAAUUGGGCCCC